ACCAACACUGACGUCAGGAGCGACCAGCUACCAUAUAUACACCUUCCGGUUGUGCCUCUACAGUAUCUUCACUUUACAACACACAUCAAUCUCGCACCACUUUCAAUCAUCCACCUUCCACCACUCCAAAACUCACAUUUCCUCUCCAACCACUUUUUUUUAAUACCCACAUCCAUCAUGUCUCACAGCGGCCAAGCUGCCGGUCAAGGCGUCAAGAACGCCUUCGGUACCGUUCACGGAGCUGGUGAGGCUAUCCGUGGCCAAGUCAACACCUUCGCCGACAGUGCCGUCGGCACCAACGAGGGUAUCCCUAAGAAUCAGGCUAUCACCGACCGCGGCAUCGACGAGAUGCAAACUGGCCGCCACCACGGCACCACCGGUGCUGGUGUCACUCCCCAUGCCACCUCCGCUGAGCACACCCACCAUGCUGCUCAGAGCGGAUACCCCAGCACUACUGGCACUACCGGCACGACUGGCCACAGCCACGACCACACGACCGGCCACGGUGUCCCCGGAACCACGACUGGCUUGACUGGCACUAGCGCAGGAUAUGGUACGGGUGCCACGGGCGCUACGGGAACUACGGGAACUACCGGUUACGGUUCAACAACUGGCUCAACUGGCUCAAACCUUGGCCCUCACCAUACCGACACGGCUAACAAGCUUGACCCUCGUGUCGACUCUGACCUAGACAACCGUGCCCGCACUGGCACUUCUACUGGCGCUGCCGUCGGUCCUCACUCUUCAGGUCUGGCUAACAAGGCUGACCCGAGAGUGGACUCUGAUCUCGACAACCGUGGCACUCACAGCACCACUCACGGAACGACUGGCGGUUACGGCUCUGGUACUACCACUGGCGGCUACGGCUCCGGUACUACUGGCAGUCACGGCUCUACCAACGCGGGCCCCCACAACAGCAACUUGCUGAACAAGGCUGACCCUCGCGUUGAUUCGGACGCGGACAACCGUGCCCGCACUGGUACCUCCACCGGCGCUGCCACUGGCCCGCACUCGUCGGGACUUGCCAACAAGGCUGACCCGCGUGUUGACUCCGAUCUCGACAACCGUGGUACUCACGGUACCACCACCCACGGCACCACUGGUACCCACGGUACCACUGGUACUACUGGCGGCUACGGUUCCAGCACUGGCUCUACCAACGCUGGUCCCCACGGCUCGAACGUCGCGAACAAGGCCGACCCGCGUGUGGACUCGGAUGUAGACAACCGUGCUCGUACGGGUACUUCCUCUGGUGCCGCUGCCGGCCCGCACUCCUCGGGCCUCGCCAACAAGGCUGACCCGCGUGUUGACUCCGAUCUUGACAACCGUGGCACUCACGGUACCACCACCCACGGAACCACUGGUACCCACGGCACUACCGGUACUCACGGCACCACUACUGGUACCCACGGUACCCAUGACACCACCACCGGUACUCAUGACACUCACGACACCCAUGAGUCCACUGGCAAGCACCCGCCUCACAAGAGCAAGAUCCUCAACAAGCUUGACCCCCGUGUCUAAGCAAUUGACAAUUUUCGCCCAUAGGAAAAUAUGGAUGAGAUAUUGUCAUCGAAUUGAGAUGACUGAGCGAGUUUGACGAUUGACGAUGGACAUGGCCUGCAACUUGAUACCAGACUGGAUUGGUCCAACCAGUCAGUUAUUAGAGCAUCCAAUACCCUAGGUAGCUUGAGUAGCUUGAAUUUCAUUGCUGG